UAAAUCAGCUGUUUCUUUCUGUAAUUAGUAUAAGUAUUCUGUUUAUAAGUGUGCGCGCAAAAAAUUUGUGUUUGUUUAUAAAUCUGCUACCAAAAAAGAUUUCGUGUAUUAAAGUGUAUUGAAAUCAUUUAAUAAUUUAUUUUCAUAAUAUCCCUAAUUCAGAAAGAACAAACGUAAAAUAUGAUGCAUUAUCGGAAAGGUGAAAAUAUCGAGCAGGAGCUAACCAAGGAUGACUUGCCAUUCGAUGACUGUUUGCCCAAGUUGCCACAAAAAGACUUUCUCUGGAUGCAUGUAAGAGGAGGCACUAAAGUACACAACGUUACUAACUAUGCAAAGAAUGCUUUGGACAAGGGCGAAUAUCGAACAGUCGUUUGGAGCGGUUCAGGUGGCGGUGUGGUGAAGACGGUUUCCUGUGCAGAAAUAUUGAAGCGCAACUAUCCGUUGCAUCAGUUGACACGCAUGGAUCAAGUGACAAUUGAGGAGCAUUGGGUGCCACAGAUGGAUGGCUUAGAGCCAAUUGUAGCUAAAAGAAAAGUACCCAGUUUACAUAUACUGAUGUCGUUGGAUCCCAUCGAUGAGAGCAUUGGCGAUGUUCAGAAACCCAAUACGACGACGGAGUAUUGGAGAUCUACAAACUCUAGCCCGCAACAACAAAAACAGCCGCGGCAAGUAGGACAAAAUAAUGAAGGUCUGAAACAGCGACAACGUAAUCAAGGGCAAAAACAGUUUCAUAAGGAGAGGCCACAAAGCCAAGAAGCGCGACAAGAACAGGCAAAAGAUAUACAAAGAAAAGACCAACGAGAAAGGCAGCAACGAUCACAAAAUCCAAAUAGAAAGCGUAGUGAGCUACGUCAGAACAGUAACGGCCAACAUCGUCAGCAGCGACCACAAAUAAAGCAAAGCGCCGAAUACCAGCAAUCUGCCCAAGGUACGCAGAUGGAGGGGGCAACAUCAGAGGCCAUUAAUGCAACCCCUUCUAAUAUUAUAGAAACUAUGGAAUCUUGAAAAUGAAAUGUACGUGUAUAUAAGAAUGAAAUAUUAAACAGAUUACUAUAAUUUUGACGAACAAUUAAUUUGUUCAGAAAACAAACCGCAUAAUGUCUUUAUGUUAAAUAUACAAAUAUCCAUAUCCAAACUAAUAGCUUACAUGAGUAUUUUGUAUUUUUUAGUUUUUAUAUUCAUUACAGGUUUGUUCAAUCUUUUCUUCAAUUAUUUUUGUUUAUUAUGUUUGAGUUAUAGUUGUUAUUUUGCAUCUAUUGUUAAAUAAUCGAAACUGUAUACUAUAAAUAUAUAUGUAAAGUAUAUAUUUUUUGUUUUGUUACUAUUUUGUUAGAUAUUUCACAUUCUCCUUUUCAUAUUGGAAUAUUAAAAAAUAUUUAAUUUACCGAUGUAUUUCAUUUACAUUUUUAUGUUGAUCGGUUUUAUAUGCAUUUAUCUUGAGAAAUUACUUUCAAUAAAAUAUUUUGAAAAAUGUCAAUGCAAAGUGGGCAUAUGCUUUGAUUAUUCUAUGACGACAUAUAUUUAACGCUUAGCUUCGUUAUGCUGUUUGCGAAAUGCGAGAUUAACGAAUUAUAAUGAUUGGUCGUAGUCAUUUGUUUUUUCGAUAGCCAAUACAUUAUUACAGCAACAUUAUUUUUGAUACAUAAUAAUUUUCGGAUGAAAUAAUAAGAUUGUUUAAUUUUAGAGUGUAUUUAGGAUUUGGAGUUAUAGUUUGAAUAAGCGCAAAUUGGAUUGAUUAGAAUCUUAUCCUUAUUAGUUUUUAGUUGCAAAAUUACAGUUACUAUGCCUUUAUAUGUAAU